AGAAGCACAUAAAAAGUCCUUCACGUACAAAGCAGGAGUCUCCACUUUUCAACACAAAAAGGCUACGGAGCAUCGAAUGGCGCAUCAUCACCAACACUUUGUGCUCCUCUCCACUGUUCCUUCCACGCUGAAACUCGCGGACUCUCCGGUUCCUCCGUCUCUCUUCCUCUAGGGUUUUGCCUCCGCUGCUCUGCUUCUCUUCUACGCUCCCUACGAGCAAAUGCAUUGGACACGAAUCCAUGAUGCAUCGGCAGCUAUGAUGAAAUGUUUACUCUAUAAUUGUUGGUGAGAUAAGGUAAAAUGGGCCUUUGAAAGUGUGGAUUUACACGGUGUGAGGUAUUAACUGAGUGAAAGAAAAUGGACAAGGCAAGGAGUUGGUUCAGUAAGUUUACCUCAAAAGACAAGUCGAAGCAUUUGAAAAAGAAGGAAACUGCAGGGAGUGGGAAGGAGGUGUCAAAGGCACCGAUGAGUGAGGAAGCGCCUUCAAAUGUGACUAAACAGAAGGUUGCGGCUGCAAAGCAGUAUAUAGAAGACCAUUACAAGAAGCAGAUGAAGAACCUGCAGGAGAGGAAGGAGCGACGUAAUGUACUUGAAAAGAAGUUGGCUGAUGCUGAGGUCUCAGAGGAAGAGCAGUACAACUUGUUAAAGUAUUUGGAGAAGAAGGAAACUGAAUAUAUGCGCCUUCAAAGGCAUAAGAUGGGUGCUGAUGAUUUUGAGCCAUUGACGAUGAUAGGGAAGGGUGCAUUUGGAGAGGUUAGAAUCUGUCGCGAGAAGGCAACAGGUCAUGUAUAUGCUAUGAAGAAGCUUAAGAAAUCGGAGAUGCUUCGCAGAGGCCAGGUUGAACAUGUGAAAGCUGAGAGGAAUCUACUUGCAGAGGUUGAUAGCAAUUGCAUUGUCAAGCUCUAUUGUUCCUUCCAAGAUGACGAGUAUUUAUAUCUAAUUAUGGAAUAUCUACCGGGUGGAGAUAUGAUGACUUUAUUGAUGCGCAAGGAUACACUGACAGAAGAUGAGGCCAGGUUUUAUGUUGCGGAAACAGUCCUAGCUAUUGAGUCCAUCCAUAAACAUAACUAUAUUCAUAGAGAUAUCAAGCCAGAUAACUUGCUGCUUGAUAGAGAUGGUCACAUGAAAUUGUCAGAUUUUGGAUUAUGUAAACCCCUAGACUGUAGUAAUCUCCAAGAAAAGGAUUUUUCUGUUGGAAACAACCUUAGUGGGGCUCUUCAAAGUGAUGGACGCCCUAUGGCACCAAGACGCACACAACAGGAGCAACUUCAGCAUUGGCAGAGGAACAGGAGAAUGCUUGCUUAUUCUACUGUUGGAACACCUGAUUAUAUUGCCCCAGAAGUUUUGCUGAAGAAAGGAUAUGGGAUGGAAUGUGAUUGGUGGUCUCUUGGCGCCAUCAUGUAUGAAAUGCUCGUGGGAUAUCCACCCUUUUAUUCAGAUGAACCUAUGUCAACUUGUAGGAAGAUAGUUAACUGGAGAACUCAUUUGAAAUUUCCAGAAGAAGCAAAAUUGUCUCCAGAAGCAAAGGAUCUCAUUAGUAAAAUGUUAUGUAAUGUUGAUCAUAGGCUUGGAACGAAAGGCGCAGAUGAAAUAAAGGCUCAUCCGUGGUUCAAAGGCAUUGAAUGGGACAAAUUGUAUCAAAUGAAAGCUGCAUUUAUUCCUGAGGUCAAUGAUGAAUUGGAUACUCAAAAUUUUGAGAAGUUUGAAGAGGCUGACAACCAAAUCCAAACUUCAUCUAAAGCAGGUCCAUGGAGAAAGAUGUUGUCGUCUAAAGAUAUCAACUUUGUUGGAUACACGUAUAAGAACUUUGAAAUUGUAAAUGAUCAUCAAUUACCCGGAAUUGCUGAAUUAAAGAAGAAGAGCACAAAAUCUAAGAGGCCCUCCAUCAAGUCCCUUUUUGAUGACGAGUCAGGCAAGGCUGGCAGUCAACCUACUCAGGGGAGCUUUUUGAACCUCUUGCCUCCCCAACUAGAAGUCCCUGAGAAACGGAAUCAAUCCUAGUGAGGUGCACUAAUUUUUCUUAUAACAUCAGAUUGCCACCAGAUCCAACAAAAGAGCGUUUUGUUCUUUGGUGAAUGGCCUUUGUUUUACUGCUUCCUGCAUUUGGUUAUUUUAGAGUGAGUUUUUGGGGCGAAGGCCCUAAACGAGUUGUUUGGUCUCUGUAAAAUAUCUUCUGGAAAUAUAUAUUCUUUGAAAAUCGUGUAUUCUUCCUUUUUCUCCUUUGUAAUGCUGAAAAAAAAUUCUUGUAUAAUACCAGCUUCAUUAUUCAUGUAAUUAACUUACUGUUAGUGUUGAUUAUAGUUGCACUACUUAUAUAUGAAAUAGAAGAAUUUGAUUAA